AUGAUUUCCAUCCAGGCGUACCUGCCGUCGGUGACCUCCCGUAACAUUUUGCUGGGCCUCUUUCUCCUUCUCAUCGUCCGCUUCAUCUUGAUCAAUGUGGUCUAUAAUCUCUUCUUUCAUCCUUUAUCGUCCUACCCAGGGCCGAAACUUUGGGCGACCUCUCGCCUUCCGUGGAAUUACUUCAACUUCAGAGGCCGACUUGGCUGGCGCAUACGCGACCUCCACCAACAAUACGGCCCAGUCAUCCGCAUCGCCCCCAACGAGCUGUCAUACACCACUUCCAGCGCCUGGAGGAAAAUCUAUGGCCAGCGCUCGCCCGAGUUCGAGAAGGCCGUUGAUGGGCGCGGAAUCGCGCCAGUCGAGAUCAACGGCAAGAGGGCGCUCAUGACCGAGACUUCAGAGGGCCACGCCAGGCUCAGGAAAGCCAUUAACCCAGCCUUUAGUGAGAGAGCUUUGAGAGAUCAGGAGAAGUACUUGCAGGCACACUCUACCACGCUUCUAACCCAGUUGUUCAAGAGCUGCAACGAGGAGCUCGCUUUUGGUACGACCGCGAACUGUCUCAAUCAGGCAGACCAGCCACAUCUCCAGGUCCUCGGGAACCGGGCCAAGUCUGUCGUGUUCUUCCAAUUCGCGCUACAAUAUGGGCUAAUGUCCGUUUUGCAAUUUCUGACUCCCAAGUACGCCCGCGAGGCCCGCCGCAAACAUCUUGCCCUCUCGGCCGCUAAGGUCCAGGCACGUCUCCAGGCCAAGAAUCCAGGAAAGGACUUCAUGUACUACAUCCUCGAGAACCAGGAGGAGAAGUUCUCCAGUCUGGAUCUGACCCUGCUCGCAAGCACCUUCAUCGUGGCCGGAAGCAACACGACCGCGGACACCAUGACGGGCCUGACUUACCUGUUGCUGCGCAAUCCCGACAAGAUGGAGUGUCUGAAGAAAGAGAUACGUUCCAUGUUUCGUUCUAAGGAUGAGAUUACUAUACAAUCUACUGUGCAUUGCAGAUACCUCACCGCCUGCCUCGAGGAAUCAAUGCGCAUGCGCCCAGCCCUGUGCUGCUCGCUGGCCCGCACAGUGCCAGACGACGGUGAGGUCAUUGACGGCGAAAUCGUUCCCGGCGGCACCGGCGUGGGUGUCCACAUGCUGGCGGCUGCUCAUUCGGAGCUCAACUUUAGACGACCCAUGGAAUUCAUUCCGGAGAGGUGGCUGGAGCUCCCGCCUGGCUCGGAGUUUGCUAAUGAUGACAAAGGCGGGAGUCAGCCGUUUUCACACGGGCUGAGAUCUUGUGCAGGAAAGGCGCUUGCGUGGGCUGAGAUGCGCAUCACCAUGGCCAAGCUCUUGUGGCAUUUUGACUUUGAGCUGGCGAGCCCGGAGGAAGACUGGUGGAACAAGCAGCGUACCUACCUUAUCUGGGAACGGCUUCCAUUGAUGGUCAACUUGAAACCGAGAGCGGUAUAA